AUGAAUGCAGCUGGGACGGCAACGCUUCCGCUUGUCAAUUUCUAUGUCAAGGCAUGCCGGGUUCAGCCUGGACAGCUCGACAAGGUCAUCCGUUUCAUCAAAGAGAAGGAAGGCUCCAGCAGUGACAGCGAAGCCGACCGCAGGACUCCGUAUGACAUGGAGGAGCUGGAGCGAUUGCCUACUGGAGCUGACAUCGCUCGCGUGCAGCUCUCAUCCGAGGUUACACAAACAGCGGCAGCGUCAGAAAUGGCAGCAACGGAGGACCAGGUGUGUGUGCCCCAGGUCCCACAGCUUCAGCCAGAUGAAAGUGCGAACUGA